AUGAUUCAUCGGCCGAUUUUCUUUUCUAAACGAGAACCCCGCGAGGUCGCCUUCCGAGAACUCAUCAUCCUACAAUCUUUCGAAACUCGUUUGGAAGCUGCAGGGAAAGACACAUGUUCCCCGGAAUGUUGGACGAAUAAAAAUAAACAUAUACAUGUACGCGAAAUCGGCGAGUUCCCCGCAUCAACUUGCUUCGGGUCCGAGCAGACGAGGACGGGGGUGGGGCUGAUUUCCAUCACUGGCGGCGGUGGACAAGGAUGUUCCCCGACGACGAAGCAACGAUCGAUCGAUCGAUCGAUCGAGUCAUCGCCACGUUCGACGACGCGAAAGAACGACUCGUCGCACCUUAUGACGGCUUUCUAUACUGCCCAUCAUCAGGGCCUCUGCGUUACAACGCUGGCUCUUGCUGCUCGCCUGGCGAGGGCAGCGACAUUGACGACGGCCUUGCCACCACCGACGACAGCACGAUAA